GGCGAUCUCGCAGAUGGUGCUUUUGCCGUUCUAGGGGCGUCUUCUCGUGUCCUCGCAAAGUCUGGAGGCUCUCUGCCUGCAGCCGAGGGCCGGAGCGGGGCCAGGAAAGGGGGCACUGGGCCGUGCAGAGGCAAAGGGUCUGCGGAACGAGGUCCCUGCAGCCCGCGCCGAGGCAGGAGGUCGGAACCCCCAGCGAGGGGCCGGGCCGGAGAAGCCCUCGCGGGCGUCUUGGGGGACUGUCGGGCGCUGACGGCGAGGCUAUUGGGGAGGUUCGGGGCAUUCCACCCUGGCCAUGGGCGGCGUGGGGACCCGCAGGUCCCCUCGGGGCUCCGAGCAUUUGACUUGGGCAUUUUCCGGGUUUCCCAUCGCCACGUAGCCUCGAAGCCAGCAGGACUGAAAAAAGGCUGCAGUCCAAUGUUCUCUUCCUUCUGAGGAGAGGGGCUGAGCCCGUCCGCCGGAGGGGACUCGAGAGGGCUGCCCCGGGGGUGGCCAAAAGCAGAGGUUGAAGAGGGCGGCGGGAGCGGAGAGCGCCCUCCUUGACCAUCAAAUGCCUCUUGUGUUUCUCUCUCUGCUGAGUGGGCUUGGACGCGCUGACCACGCGGGAGGAGGGACGGACGACGCUCGGCGGGCUCUGACCGUGCCGCCUUCAUGUGGCUGCUGACGGGGACCCCGGAGGGAACGGGCAUGGGGCGAAGCCUCGCCCUCUCCGCUCCCCGCCUCCCGGGCGCCGGGGCUGGCGAUGUGGAGACGUGAGGGGACCCGCGGCUGCUCCGGCUUCUCCAGGUCUCCACCAGGCACCCGCGUGUUCCUUCGCGCCCGAGGCAGGAGAGAGUGGCGCGGAGGUCCGAGGCGGGCGCACGGGCGGGCUAAGACGGAGCUGGAGCUCCAGCCUCGCCAUGGGGCAUAACGGCAGCUGGAUCUCCCGAAACGCCAGCGAGCCGCGCAACGCGUCGGGCGCCGGGGCGGAGGGCGCCAACCGCAGCGCGCUCGGGGAGUUCGGCGAGGCGCAGCUGUACCGUCAGUUCACCACCACCGUGCAGGUCGUCAUCUUCAUAGGCUCGCUGCUCGGAAACUUCAUGGUGUUAUGGUCGACUUGCCGCACAACCGUGUUCAAAUCUGUUACCAACAGGUUCAUUAAAAACCUGGCCUGCUCGGGGAUUUGUGCCAGCCUGGUCUGCGUGCCCUUCGACAUCAUCCUCAGCACCAGUCCUCACUGUUGCUGGUGGAUCUACACCAUGCUCUUCUGCAAGGUCGUUAAGUUUUUGCACAAAGUCUUCUGCUCUGUGACUAUCCUCAGCUUCCCUGCCAUUGCCUUGGACAGGUACUACUCAGUCCUCUAUCCGCUGGAGAGAAAAAUAUCUGAUGCAAAGUCCCGAGAACUAGUGAUAUACAUCUGGGCCCAUGCCGUGGUGGCCAGCGUCCCUGUGUUUGCGGUGACCAACGUGGCUGACAUCUAUGCCAUGUCCACCUGCACGGAAGUCUGGAGCAACUCGUUGGGCCACCUGGUGUACGUUCUGGUCUACAACGUCACCACGGUCAUCGUGCCUGUGGCUGUGGUAUUCCUCUUCUUGAUACUGAUCCGCCGGGCCCUGAGUGCCAGCCAGAAGAAGAAGGUCAUCAUAGCAGCGCUGCGGACCCCGCAGAACACCAUCUCUAUCCCCUAUGCCUCCCAGCGGGAGGCCGAGCUGCACGCCACCCUGCUGUCCAUGGUGAUGGUCUUCAUCUUGUGCAGCGUGCCCUAUGCCACACUGGUCGUCUACCAGACUGUGCUCAAUGUCCCCGACACUUCUGUCUUCUUGCUGCUCACGGCCAUUUGGCUGCCCAAAGUCUCUCUGCUGGCGAACCCUGUGCUCUUUCUUACCGUGAACAAAUCGAUCCGCAAGUGCUUGGUAGGGACCUUGGUACAACUGCACCACCGCUACAGUCGCCGGAAUGUGGUGGGCACAGGGAGCGGGAUGGCCGAUGCCAGCCUGGAGCCCAGCAUGCGCUCAGGCAGCCAGCUCCUGGAGAUGUUCCACAUUGGGCAGCAGCAGAUCUUUAAGCCCACCGAUGACGAGGAAGAGAGUGAAGCCAAGUAUGCCGGCUCAGCUGACCUCCAGGCCAGAGAGCUACUUCCCACCUGCCUGGAGGCAGAGCAGGGGCCGCGGUUUGCUACCCCCGCACCACCCCCGGGCACGGUGGACUCUAUAUCCCAGGUGGCACCAGCAGUCCCCGUGGAACCUGAGACAUUCCCUGACAGGUAUUCCCUGCAAUUCGGCUUUGGGCCAUUUGAGUUGCCUCCCCAGUGGCUCUCGGAGACCCGAAAUAGCAAGAAGAGGCUGCUUCCCCCCUUGGGCAACACCCCAGAAGAGCUGAUCCAGCCAAAGAUGCCCAAGGUAGGCAGGGUGGAGCGGAAGAUGAGCAGAAACAAUAAAGUGAGCAUCUUCCCAAAGGUGGAUUCCUAGCAGGUCUUGUAAAUCCCUGGAAGCAACAGACCUUCCACAUUCCUGCUCUCCCUUCACCGGGCCUAUGAUUUGUCUGAUCUCCUUGCAACCCAGUAUGCGUUGAUUCCUCCUCUAUGGGCCAGAUGCUUUUGAA